UUACAUAUAGCCGCUCAUAAUGGGAGGAUCGAAGUAGCAAAAUACCUUGUCGAUCAUGGUGCUGAUAUUUCGGCCACGGAUAAUUUUGGAGAGACGCCACUACAUAAAUCUAAGAGUAUCGAAGUAGCCAAAUACUUUGUCGAUCAUGGUGCCGAUAUUUCGGCUACGGAUAAUUCUGGAGAGACGCCACUACAUAAAUUUACUUACGAAUGGAGCAUCGAAGUAACCAAAUACCUUGUCGAUCAUGGUGCCGAUAUUUCGGCUACGGAUAAUUCUGGGCAGACGCCACUACAUAAAUCUGCUGACAGAGGGAGCAUCGAAGUAACCAAAUACCUUGUCGAUCAUGGUGCCGAUAUUUCGGCUACGGAUAAUUAUGGACAAACGCCACUACAUAAAUCUGCCGACAGAGGGAGCAUCGAAGUAACCAAAUACCUUGUCGAUCAUGGUGCCGAUAUUUCAGCCAUAGAUAAUUCUGGACAGACGCCACUGCAUAAAUCUAGGAGUAUCGAAGUAGCUAAAUACCUUGUCGAUCAUGGUGCCGAUAUUUCGGCUACGGAUAAUUCUGGACAGACGCCAUUACAUAAAUCUGCCGACAGAGGGAGCAUCGAAGUAGCUAAAUACCUUGUCGAUCAUGGUGCCGAUAUUUCGGUCAAAGACAAUUCUGGAGACACGCCAUUACAUAAAUCUGCGUAUGAAUGGAGCAUCGGAGUAGCCAAAUAUCUUGUCGAUCAUGGUGCCGAUAUUUCGGUCACAGAUAAUUCUCGAGACACGCCACUUCAUAAAUCUACUUAUGAAUGGAGUAUCAGAGUAGCCAAAUACCUUGUCGAUCAU